CGGUCACGCAUUGACCGCACGGACUCACAACAACACCGACACCGGCGACGGCGCUCACCGACGGAAUAACAAGGCAAGAUGGCGACGGAGGGCCAGGUCGAAUACGAGUCUAUCCUCUGUGUCAAACCAGAAGUCAACGUGUACCGAAUCCCACCGCGAGCUUCCAACCGGGCCAUCAGGGCGGCUGAUUGGAAGCUGGACGCUCCCGACUGGUCGGGACGCAUGCGAGUGGUGGCUCGGGGGAAAGUCGCCUAUGUCAAACUGGAGGACAAAAUUUCCGGGGAGCUUUUUGCCCAGGCACCCGUGGACGAGUACCCCGGCAUCACCGUGGAAACCGUGAGCGAUUCCAGCCGCUACUUUGUGCUCCGCAUCCAGGAUGACAACGGCCGCAGCGCCUUCAUCGGUAUCGGGUUUGGAGACCGAGGGGAUGCUUUUGACUUCAACGUUGCACUUCAGGACCACUUCAAGUGGGUAAAACAGGAAAAAGAGUUCAGCAAACAGGCACAAGCUCCAGACUCCACCCCUAAACUUGACCUGGGCUUCAAAGAAGGACAAACCAUCACGCUCAACAUUGGGCAAUCCAAAAAAAAGGAUAGGACCCGCCCGCAGAGUUCCGGCGGCCUUGGUCUCCUUCCUCCUCCCCCUGGAGGCAGGCUAGCCCCGCCCCCGUCCUCCCGAUCUAAUAAUCAUAACACGCAGCCAUCUGUGGGAGGAAAUGACACAGGUUGCUUGCUGGAUCUGGACUCCAGCAACUCCAAUUUGGUGGCACCGUCCAAUCCGCCUGUGACGGCCGGCUCCGACCUGUGGGGAGACUUUGACUCCCCAAAGUGAGCAGAGUCCCGCUUGGCUCUUCCUUCCCUCUUCUCUCUUCUUCUCUCUCUCAGUAACAUUAUGCAGCACUUUUGGCAUCGUUGCUUUCCCCUUUGAGGGGGGUCCCUACUGCUCUCCCUGCCGAGCAGGGUAAACCCUCACCGUGCCCCCCCCCAUCCACCCGCCACCCACCUCUUGUGUACUGUACGAAAGAAUCAAGUUAUGUUCUAAUGCUGUUAGUCUCAAACCUAACAAUUUGUUUGCCCCCUCCUUUUUAACUGUGAAUAUUCUAUAGAAAUGUGAUUAAGGAAAUAUAACAAUGAAUGCAGUUUCUGUACAUAGACUAUUUAUUUUCAAUGCGUAUAAGUUUGUUAGUCAAUUAUGUUGUAGCUUCUUUUUUUGUUUCCUAUUUUUUUGGAUCAGUAAUAUGCACUUUGUGUGUUAGUAUGUCUUAAUUCAACAUUGUUCUAUUACUCUGCUAGUUUACCACCAUAAUCUUGUACUUGAAAGAAACAUUCAGUGGGUUCCCCAAGCGGUGCCGCUCUAUGGCGCCCCGCAGUGGACUCUUAGGGCACAACAGCAAUACUUGCAGUGUAGACAGCAUAGAGCAGCUGCUUUGUGAAAACUAGCAGCCGACGUAAAUACGUUGAGAGGAUGAAGGUGGCAGCCAAGUUGGAUGUCAUUUAGUGACUGUGAGGAUGUCAGCUAAGCUUAUUCACGACCUCUGUCCUGCUUAGUGAUGUCAUCUCCUGUCAUUCUCAGAGUGGGGGGUUUGUCGUCGUCAUCCGACAACCCCAAAGGUUGUGCAACCAACCUCAUUUGAACUUUUUGAUGUAUGUCAAGUGUUUGAUUUUGGACUGAUGCAUUGUCGGGACCACGCUUUUUUUGUGAACUGCGUUUCUGGUUAUUGUGAUCUUACCGAUUUUGUUGAUUCGUGGAUGUCGCGAUGGAUGUUGGCCGGGCAUCAACCCUAACAAAACGUUUUACCGUCUGUGAUUUGUUAUGUAUGGAAAUGAAUAUGCAAAGGUAAAUAUAAGACAGAAACAAUGCAA